AUGAUGUCCAUGAACAGCAAACAGCCUCAUUUUGCCAUGCAUCCCACCCUACCUGAGCACAAAUACCCCUCUCUACACUCCAGCUCGGAAGCAAUAAGAAGAGCAUGUCUACCAACUCCACCGCUGCAGAGCAAUAUCUUCGCCAGCCUCGAUGAGACCCUGCUGGCGCGGGCCGAGGCUCUGGCCGCCGUCGACAUCGCCGUGUCGCAGGGCAAGAGCCACCCGUUCAAGCCCGACGCCACGUACCACACCAUGAACAGCGUGCCCUGCACCUCCACCUCCACCGUGCCCCUGGCGCACCACCACCACCACCACCACCACCACCACCAGGCGCUGGAGCCCGGCGACCUCCUGGACCACAUCACCUCCCCGUCCCUGGCGCUCAUGCCCGGCGGAGGCGGCGGCGGAGGCGGCGGCGGCGGCGGCCACGACGGGGCGGGCGGCGGCGGCGGCGGGGCCGGCGGCGGCGGGGGCGGCGGCGGCAGCGGCGGCGGCGGCGGCGGCCUCAUCUCCACGUCGGCGCACCCGCACUCGCACAUGCACGGCCUGGGCCACCUCUCGCACCCGGCCGCCAUGAACAUGCCGUCGGGGCUGCCGCACCCGGGGCUGGUGGCCGCGCACCACGGCGCCGCGGGGCAGGUGGCCUCGGCCGCGGCCGUGGUGGGGGCGGCCGGCCUGGCCUCCAUCUGCGACUCGGACACGGACCCGCGGGAGCUGGAGGCCUUCGCCGAGCGCUUCAAGCAGCGCCGCAUCAAGCUGGGGGUGACCCAGGCCGACGUGGGCUCGGCGCUGGCCAACCUGAAGAUCCCGGGCGUGGGCUCCCUCAGCCAGAGCACCAUCUGCCGCUUCGAGUCCCUCACGCUGUCCCACAACAACAUGAUCGCCCUCAAGCCCAUCCUGCAGGCCUGGCUGGAGGAGGCCGAGGGCGCCCAGCGGGAAAAAAUGAACAAGCCCGAGCUCUUCAAUGGGGGCGAGAAGAAGCGCAAGCGGACUUCCAUCGCCGCCCCGGAGAAGCGCUCGCUGGAGGCGUACUUCGCCGUCCAGCCCCGGCCCUCCUCCGAGAAGAUCGCCGCCAUCGCCGAGAAAUUGGACCUCAAAAAGAACGUGGUGCGGGUUUGGUUUUGCAACCAGAGACAGAAGCAGAAACGGAUGAAAUUUUCCGCCACCUACUAG